AGACACGGAGAUAGGAAGAUCCAGACAUACGCUCCUACAACAGUUGGUGGUGAAUUUUGUUGGGAAAACGCGCGUUCCACUCACCACGUGUAUAAAUCGACGUCUGUUCGUAGGACGUGAUCAGGACGAUUUGUCGUCUGCUACUAAGGACUAGCAGAAGAUAGCAGUGGUGUCGUCUGCUACUAAGGACGGUUGCGACUAUAUGACUUGUGGCAGACAUAUUACAUUUUUUGUGUUGUUGCUGCAGACGUUUCAGUUUUGUGACAGACGUGAUGCCAAUGGACAACGGACGCAUAGGUAGUUGCUUCUACUUUUUAAUCUAACAAAGCGCGUCGUAUUCCGGGUACAGUCUUUUUCAUCAGCUUUGGUUUUAUUUUGUUUUCUGGAAACGUUUAGUUAUAAACCAGGAUAAAUAUUCUAUCGAGUGGACGUCUUGAGUUGUUGUUUUCCUGGACAGUGGAAGCAUAUGUAUAGAUAUAUUUAUUUAUCUAUUUAUUUCCUAUAAAAAAGAAAUAAAAAUAAUUCGAGACUCGAUCGUAGAUAACAUCAUACCCGACGUUGCCUAGUAAUACCGACAUAAACUCUACCCGGCUGACGUCGUCGCCAACGCGCUUUUCACAGCGUUUUGGCAACAGUCUGUUUUGAUAUUUUCAACUCUGGCCCAAACGGUGGCAAACUUGGAGCUGGGAGAGUUCUCACAAGGGAUGAUGAACCCCUACACGUUGAGAGGAUGGCACCUCCCUUCGGCCUACGGCGACACGACCAACUGCGACCGGAACUACCCGAUGUACCCGACAUCGUGGCCCUCGGGCUAUUUCUCCAGCCCCUCCGUGUACCCGUUCCAACCGGAGAGCAAGACACACAAUGCCAACGACUGGAAGCUGCAGUCGAUUUGUUCCACGACCACGGAGCCGUCCGGCCCGCGAGACGCUAACAGUUUGAUGAAACCUGGGUAUGAGAGUCUGCUCUACAAACCCAACAACGUGCGCUGCACGGAACUCGAGUGCGUGCGCGACGACCCCCAGCGAAGCUCGUGCGCCAUGUCAUGCACGUGCAGCGGUCAGCAGAGAUUGAACGUCAUAGACAACUCGUGGAGGAACCAGGAUGUUGGCGGGCCGCUGGAUUUCAACAAGGCGCAGGGGAUGUCACCCUAUCAGAGUUUUUGCAACAGAGACAUGCAACAAGCCAUACAUCUGCCUUCCACAUCACUUGCUCCUACGACGGUGACUCUUCGCAAAAGGAGGCGGCCAUAUUCAAAAUUUCAGAUCGCGGAGCUGGAACGUGAAUAUUCAACGUCGACGUAUAUUUCAAAAUCGCGCAGAUGGGAACUGUCGCAACUGAUCAAUUUAUCAGAACGUCAAAUAAAAAUAUGGUUUCAAAAUCGCCGAAUAAAAGCAAAGAAAAUUCAAAAGAGGGAGGACUUGAACGCCAUAACCCCUCUCCAGGAGUUGAACUCUGUGAACCAACUACAACCGCACGAGCAUGACGUGCUAGAGGAGGCGGGGUUGACGUCAUGAAGUUUAUGACGUCACAGAACGUGAGGGUUUACAUUUUCUCUCCCCAGACUCGGGUAUGAUCACCUUUGCAUCGUUCAAGCUUUAACACUGAAUGCAUUUCCAUCGUUAAAUCUGCUUUUGAUAAUGACAUAAAGACGAUUUAGUGUAAUGACGCCGGAAGUGGAAUCGUGUGCGAUUGUCGUAAAGUAGGUGGAUACACCGGAAGUAACUUAUCUGAUGCUCGGCAUUAGUGUUUGUGCUGAGUCUCUUUCUCCGGGCGUUGAAAGAACCGUCUAGGCGUUACAAUAUUAAUGUUAUUUUCAAAGGCGUCGAAGGAACCAGCUAGGCGCUUUAAUAAUGCUAUUUUCACCAGACGUUGAAGGAACCGUCUAGGCGAUACAAUAUUAAUGUUAUUUUCAAUGCUAUUUUCACCAGACGUUGAAGGAACCGUCUAGGCGAUACAAUAUUAACGUUUUGGGUUUUUUCAUCAGACAUUGAAGGAAUCGUCUAAGCGAUACAAUAUUAACGCGCCUUCAUCAAGAGUCAGUAGAACCAUCUAGGCGUCACAUUAUUAAAUAGCUUUCGCCAAGCGUCGAAGGAACCAUCUAGACGUCACAUUAUUAACUUUCACCAACCGUCGAGGGAACCACCUAGGCGUCACAUUAUUAAAUAGCUUUCACCGACCGUCGAAGGAAUCAUCUAGGCGCUACAAAUAGUAACGAUCACAUCCUGUGCUAAUAAACGUUUUAGUUUUAGGCAUAAUAAUGAAAUAUUGACCUCAUGUCGGUUUAAAGGAGCCUUGACCUUUUUUAACACUGUGGGUUUUUUGUGGGGGGGGGGGGAGGUGGGUGUUUGUUUGGGGGUUUUUGUCUAAAGUUUAGUUUCUUGUUUGAAAUGGUAAACAAAAUUGUAUCUAGUCAUUAUACUAUCUUCAGGGCCGUACCCUGAUCAAAAUCCUAGGGUCACUACUUUUUAUGAACAAAUGAAACACUAUACAAAUUAAACCCUGA